AGUCUGCUUGCAACUGCCGUGUGGCUUUUUUUCUGCGGAAAGGCCAGUGUCUUAUCUCUCAAGUUCAAGUUCCGAGGACUUGCCCAGACUCCUCCCCUUAAGUCAUUUCUACAAUCCUUCGGCAGCCUCGGGAAGCCAACAGCCUUGGACUGCUCGUCCCAGAGCCAGCGCUGGCAUCCCAGUCCGUCCAGCGCAUUCGCCUCUCUCCUUCCCUCUUCCUCCCUCCCUUCCUCUGUUUCUUCCUAUACUGCCCCUUUCCUUUCUUGCCUCUUAAGUUUCCUGCGCCGUGAAUUCAGCUGUGCCAAGCCUCGCGUCUCGUGGAACUGAUCCUGAGCGCGACCCGGGCACUGGGACGCCGAAUCUGCCGAGGCAGGACGCGGCAACGGGACUGGUCCGCGCCGGAGCAUGGAGACCAAGCGCCAGGGAGGGCAUGUCCGGGGCGCCGGAGACGCCAGGCCCGAGUAGCUCCUCCAUGGAGCCUGCCCAGAGCGGUCCCUGCUCACCGGAUUUGCCCCCAGCCCAGUGCGGCUGCUGAGAGCGCUCCUUGCUCUGUAAAGUGGAUGUCAGGUGGAUCUAUGUUUUUGAAGGAACAAAGACUCAGCGAAGGCACCGCCGAGGAAGUUUGAGACGCGGGAGGAUGCAGGCUGCGUGCUGGUGCGUGGUUCUCCUCCUGCAGCCCACAGUCUACUUGGUCACAUGUGCCAAUUUAACAAAUGGUGGAAAGUCAGAACUUCUAAGAUCAGGAAGCAGCAAGUCCACACUAAAGCACAUAUGGACAGAAAGCAGCAAAGACUUGUCUAUCAGCCGACUCCUGUCACAGACUUUUCGUGGCAAAGAAAAUGACACAGAUUUAGACCUGCGAUAUGACACCCCAGAACCUUAUUCUGAGCAAGAUCUCUGGGACUGGCUGAGGAACUCCACAGACCUUCAAGAGCCUCGGCCCAGGGCCAAGCGAAGGCCCAUCGUUAAGACGGGCAAGUUUAAGAAAAUGUUUGGAUGGGGUGAUUUUCAUUCCAACAUCAAAACAGUGAAGCUAAACCUAUUGAUAACUGGGAAAAUUGUAGAUCAUGGCAAUGGGACGUUCAGUGUUUAUUUCAGACAUAAUUCCACUGGUCAAGGGAAUGUAUCCGUCAGCUUGGUGCCCCCGACAAAAAUAGUGGAAUUCGACUUGGCACAACAAACCGUGAUUGAUGCCAAAGAUUCCAAGUCCUUUAACUGUCGCAUUGAGUAUGAAAAGGUUGACAAGGCUACCAAGAACACACUCUGCAAUUACGACCCUUCAAAAACCUGUUACCAGGAGCAGACCCAAAGUCAUGUGUCCUGGCUCUGCUCCAAGCCCUUCAAGGUGAUCUGUAUUUACAUUUCUUUUUAUAGUACAGAUUAUAAACUAGUACAGAAAGUGUGCCCCGACUACAACUACCACAGCGACACACCUUACUUCCCCUCCGGAUGAUGAUGAACGUGAGCUCGAGACUGAAGCCUGAGGAAUUCUAGGUCACAUGACAGGGCCGUUACCUCAAAGAAGAAGGUCACAUCUGUUGCCUGGAAUGUGUCUACACUGCUGCUCUUGUCAACUGGAUGCAAACACGCUAGUGGAAAACAAUCUGAUGUAACUCUGCCCAGUCAGCUCCAUCUCUCGGUGUCAUUGUAAAUCACAGAUUUUAAAGCCACACUCGAAGACAUGCUUUCACACAUAGAUGUACACAGACACACACUUACACACAUUUCAGCUUGCAUCUGUCAUGAUUCCUGUCGAGAGGGCUUUCAUUGUCUGACUCAUAAUGGUUCAGGAUAAAAACAUCAUCAAGCAAAAGGAUUAACUAGACAGUGAAUGGUUUCUAACCCUUGCUGUUGUGGAAAUCUCUUUUAAAGUCUUGAGUACAUGCUAAUCAAUAGUCCCCACUCAUGCAUUCCUACUGCUUGGAGUAGCUGUGCUGGUCAAUACUACCGUAGGAGUAUAUGCUUGUUCACAUGGAAACAAUAUGUCUUUAGAGUUCAGUAUCCUUUAUUUUAUGAACAACAACAAAGUGUAGUAACUUUUUUUCCAGCAUACAGUAGGCACAUUCAAGGUGAUACGAGAUGGCUCUUUUUUUCUAUGGAGGGAGCCUGUUCUCAGUAAAGAUGAGCAAACAUUUGGAAUUUACAUGUGGGCAGACACUGGAUUACAGCACUCAUCAUCAACCUUUGGACUUCGGCAAAGUUGAGACCAGCGAAAGCUGCUUAAAACAAGUUCUGAUCAUUAUGUAAGAAGGGAAAUGCCUGACAGACACCGUGUAAGUUAGAAGUGUCUGUCUUAUCUUUACUACACAUAUUGUAACAAAUUCAAUAUCCUAGUCUUCAUUUGUAUGAAUGGUUUGUAUUGUAUAUAGUUUAACCAAGUGUUAUUUGAGCUGCUUAUUAAUAUUAACUUGUAUUUGUCUCUCUGCCUGUUAUUGGUUAAAAAAGAAAAAAAGGAUAUGAGGAAUCCAUUUUAUCAAUGUAGCUGUGAAUUCCAUUAAAAAAGAAACUUAAUGUACAAAGCAUUUAUUCAGCUCAAGUAUUGUUGAAAGCUAUACAUAUACAACAUUACAGUCUGUCUGUAUUUAGAUAUUUUAUUUCUGGACAAAAUGAAAUGUACAUAAAAAUAAAAUGCUUAAAGUUGAGUUUCAAUAUGUACUUGUGUAAGAUGAUGAUUUAAAUGGUUCUGAUAAGAAGAAUGUGUUGGAAAUACAUUCACGAUUUUGCAUCUCAUAUCUCUAAAUUUGUACAGGACUAUAUAAAUUUCGAUUAGUUGCCUGGUUAAAACAACUUAGGAGUUUCAAUCUCAGUUCUGGAACACAGUUGCGGCAUGCAGCAUUGCACACAGUUUUGGUUUACUGUCAGGCCAGUUACUCAAGAACACCAGAAAUCAAUGACAAUAAGAAGAUAAUCAAGGUCUCCUAAAUUAAUUGUAACUAGUUGGAUUUUUUCUUGUAUAGAGUCUUUAUUUACCAGGAAAAUUGAGAGAAAGGUGAUUUUUUUUUCUUUAAAAAAACCCGAAGGUGUCUGGAGAUUAUGGCUGACCUUCUACUGUAAUAACUCAACUGAGAAAAUUACAAUAGCAGUGGAAGACUUCAGCGCUCAAUUUAUCUGCACCAAGUGAGGUAUACUUCUCUACAUAGCACUGUUUAUGGACAUUAACCCUUCUUUGAAAAAGUAAUUACUGUAUACAAUCCCAGCAAAAUAAACAGAAGAAGAAAUAUGUAAGGUAUCUCAUUUUUAAAUGCACAAAUUGGGGAUUAGGAUCUGAAGAGCUUUAAAGGUCAACUAAAGAAGCCAAAAAAGAACACGAACACAUUCUCAUCGUCUCUUCAUGCUGCAUAGGGAUAAAUAUGAUUUCCUGUAGAAAAUGAGAGUAGGUACUACAGGGAACUCCAAACCACAGAGUUUUUAAAGUGAGAACUCUGAUUUAACUAACGAAAGCCUUCAAGAACAAAUCAAAGACAUGUCAUCCUGUUAAAUGUCCAUCUCUCAAAAUCCCCAAUGUAACUAGACAACUAUUUAUAUCAAUGUAUUAAUUAACUUACCAUGGGAUUUAGAAGCAAAGUUCUCUGGCAUGACGGGCAGUGAGAGCUUCAUGAAUUUCAUCUCUGGGGCAUACUGUCCACAGAUAAAUCUUGUUAUUCUGGGGUUUAUUUAUCGGAGUGAUGAUAUGUAGUUCUCUCUUAGCAGAAAGAGGAAAAACUGAGAGGGAAAAAUAAUUUUGGGGGGAUCAUUUGAUCCGUGGACCAUGAUUUUCAUUAUGUGGUCAAAUUUGUCCUUUUGUUAUCCAAAAUUCAAGAUGAGAUGAAAAUAUGCUUUAAGCUCCACUUGUCUGCACUGCUCUCCAACCUCCUUGUGAAGGUUAUUUUACAUUUUUACAAACAUUCAGAACAUAGAUAACUAGCUAACAUUCAAUGAACUGAACUAUUGUUCUGUAGUUUUUUCUUUAGAAGAAAAAUAAGAAGAAAACAUAGCAAACUUCCAAUAAGGUUUUCAAUUUUUAAAAGUCCAAACUUUCAGGACUUUGUUUUCUGGGUCUGUACACACUUAUCCUGAACUCCUAUGUAUCAACACCUCCAUCUGUAAUACAGGAAAGCCAUGAUGAUAGAAAUCUUUGAUUCAAAAGGCAAUUUAUUUGUAUCCAGUAUACUCUUCCUGGUUUAGACAAGGAGAUGGGUUAAAGAAGAUGAUGAAUAGGAAGGUUCAAAGAUCUAGAUUAAGAGCUUCACUAGGACAACUUGUUGUUUCAAGAAACUGGUUAAGUUUUCAGUAUGCUAGAAAAUUAUUUGUUAUUUGGCCAAAGUAAACUUUAAACUGCACUAAAGAAAUCACCUUCUCUA